UCUACGAGCUACGCCGCAGCGCGUAGCAAUACAUCGGGAACGCGAAAUGUGAAAACACAUUGUGGCAAAAUUGUAUUGCUCAAAAUAAAUUUUGUGAUUUGUGACAAACUAUGUGUGACAAAAUGCAGUGGUCGUGGCUACUAUUGCUUUGCUUCGCGUGUGCAGUGGUUGGAAACCCGGCUAAAAUAGAUUCAAAACGGGACCAUUGCAAUAAGACGGUGGAAAUAUAUGAGGACGUGUCCUCUCCUCCUGUCACUCCAGAGAACUUCGGGAGACCGCUCACAUGUACAUAUAGGUUUAGAGCGUUCCGAGGGUCGCCAAAGGAUUGGAUACUGCGGAUACGAUUCAAAAAGUUCAAAGUGGGAACCCUAAUCAAUGGAACUACGUGCCAUAAAGGGUACAUGCAGAUCGUGGAUGGUAACGCGAAAACGGACGUGUCCAAUAGGAAGGAGCCGGGCCUCUUCUGCGGCGAGAUCGAGCAGCCCCAGACCUUCAUCUCGGAGACCAACUUCGUCAAGAUCGUCUUCCAUGCUGACAAUUUCACGGACCAAACAUACUUCAGCUUCGAUUCCAGAGCGGAGCAACAGUUCGAAGUGUAUCUUCGAUACGGUCAACAUCCAGAACUUUAUCCAAACAGAAGAGGAGAAGUUGUGGCUGGAUCGUAUUGCGAGCGUGUGUUCCGAGACUGUCGCCUACAAACCUGCUACGUACAAUCGGCUGCCUACCCUGGAGUGUAUCCACGGAACUUGCAUUGCAGGUAUCACCUGAACACAAGACUGCCAUACAUAAAGCUGUACAUAGAAAACGAAGAGUUCAACAUAGAUGGACAACGAUGCGAAAACAUCAUGACCUGCCCCAUGAGACCCAUCACCUCAGGUUCGGAAAACUGCCCUUACGACUACAUACGAAUCUACGACGGGAAAGACGAGUCGGCUUCGGUGAUCGGCACAUUUUGCGGGAUGGGCAAGUUCCCCUACUCAAUUAUCGGCACAUCGCAGGACCUGUUUGUGGAAUUCGUGAGCUCCCCAGCAGGUCCACUUCUGAAUACUGGCUUCCACUUCAACGUGGGAAACUGGCCUGGUCACGUGGAAGCUCCAGGGUCCAGAGUCGGCACUUGCGACUGGGUCCUCACAGCUGAAUCUCUGAAGAAGUCCGGUGAUACUGAAGGCAUAUUCCUGUCAGUAGCCCACUGGUACCCACCGCAUACAUCUUGCACUUAUUUGAUGCAAGGAUUCCCUGGACAAGUUGUUCGUCUGUAUUUUCCAAGUUUCCGAAUCAACCGAAUCGAGUCCCCUAUAGUGCCCUGGCCGGGUGACUGUGGGGAGUCUCUCACACUCUACGACGCUCCAAGACCUGACGAUGCGCGUAUCAUCAAGACCUUCUGCGACACCUUCAGCAGACCGAUGGAGAAACACGACUUUGUCUCCACUGGCAAUGCCAUGUUUGUCAGAUUUGAGAGCAAAACUGGCAGCUAUAGUGGGUCAUCACUGUACUACUGGGCGCAUUAUGACUUCUUCAACAACACGCGAUUUGGAGAGCCCGUCCCUGGCACCGCUUGUGACGAAGUUAUCGCUUCCUGGAAACAGAGAGCUGGUCGACUUAGGUCUCCCCUCAAUACCCUGGUCUACAAACAAGCUCCGCCCGGCGAAGAUGUCCACUGCCUUUACAGAUUUGUCACCGAUAAAAGGAUUUACGCCAGAGUCAUCCUGACAAUCUUAAGUGUCAAUUUCAAGGAACACCCUUACACACCAGUAUCAUGCCAAAACUGCUAUGAAGAUAGAGCUGAUAAACUGAUCAUCUGGGAGCCAUCACCGGGAAAACCAUUUAACACUACUAUUGGGGUCAGCACCACGCCGCUACCUCUCCACCUGGCGGUUCAAAGAUCCCUCGGUUCCUGUCUCUGUGCUAAACAUGCCAAUACUGUAUCCCGUGCAAAGCCCUACAGGGUAGUGUCUUCAGGAGAAACGUUGAAUCUUCAACUGAUAGUAGACAACGCUCACGCAGCAGCAUCAUACUUCAAGAACCCAUCUCCACUUUUCGAAGCACGCUACGAGUUCGUCCACGGACCACUCUGUGGCCCCGCUGUCUUGGCCGCAGCUUCGGAUGGAGAAAUCGUCUACCCACAUCUCGAAGCUCUAGGCUACACUGAACCACCCAAAAGAAUUCAAUGCAUCUGGGAUUUGGAAAUCGAGGAGAAGAGAGACUUAUGGCUGCAUUUCGACAGCAUCAAAUUCGCGUCGCGACACUGUGAUGAUGGCAAUAUUCAAAUCUACUUGCCAGGGAGGAUAGAUCCUUACUAUUCUGUCUGCGGUGAAAAUGUGUCUUUAGCUCGUGAACUGCCGAUACUAUCUGCUGGAGAACUUGGAUUUGAGUCUUUAGACGAUCCAUUAAUUAUUGAAAAAGAAAAGACAAGGUCGAUUAGGAUUGUCUUCAUUGGCAGUGCCUCGCCUGCUGGCGCCGCAUUCAAAAUAGCUUGGACUGGACUAUAUCAUCUACCUAAGAAUUCUGAUGGAACUCUCAUGACGUCACGUCUUACCGACGGCAGCUCACAUCCCUCAGAUUCCGGUCACGGCUGUGACUUUAUUUGUCCAGGAGAAGAAGCACUCUGUAUACCUGCUAGACUGAUAUGCAAUGGAGUGGUAAACUGUCCGAAUGUGACGAGUGGCGAGAGAAAGUUCUGGACAACCGAAGAAAAGAGAGCGAGGGAGGCAUACUCGGAGGACAGUUUACGUCGUUUGGGUUACUUGGACGCCUUGGACGGGGUGGCGAUUGGAAAGUUGAACGAUGAGUCGUCAGAGUUGUGUGCUAGGGCGCGGAGUGUGGGGAGUGGGGACUGGACAGCCCCUGCCUUAGGGGCUGGGUUGGCGGUUCUUUUAGGGGUUUGUGCGCUGGCCGCCGCGUGGCGCCUGUGCUGCCGCAAGAGGUCUCCUGACGAAGAAUCCCUGGAUUACUGACAUGCGGCCCGCGGCGCGCCGCACGCGCCGCCUUCUACCUACUCGCGAUCUCUGUCGAGGGAUCUACCUCUAGACUGGAGUCCACAUUGACAGACGCUCUACUGAGCGCCAGAACCCUCACUUGUUGACUUUUAACCAUCAGGCGACUCUUCAAUCUUCGUUAUCCAGCUUUUGGGUGUUUUCCUAUCAAACCUCAAGUCCUAAAGCAAUACAAAGUGUUUAAAAAUGUGAACGGACAUUAUCACUUCGGAGUGUUUAAACGCAACAAACCAAAAAGUAUUAAUGGAAAUCUUCCAGAGGGUUGUAACAUUAAGGCGCUCAAUAGUAUUGUAAUUAUUGUAUAUAACCUGUGUAACCUAACGAUAAAGGAAGCUUGGAACGAUCAUAGGCUAGGACAAGGUGAUAGUAGCCAAAUAUUAAGUAACUAUCAUUUAGGUAUCUGUAACGAUGUAAUUUUUUAUCACAAUCCCAAAAAUACACGGUGAGUCAAUCUUUGUAAUCCCAGAUAAGGAGUGUUUGUUGAUUUGUUGUACGGAGUUGUUGAUUACUCUGUAUGGGUAGAUAGGAAGAGAGAGAUAGCAAUAGAGGCAGAUAGAAUCACACUUGUUAAGGGUAGAUAACCCGAUCCCACUUUAGUCUGCGAGACCAAAAACACAUAAAAGUACGAGUGUAAAAUGAGCCAAGUUCUUAAAACGAAGUAAGAUUUAGAUUAAGAUAGUGACAGCAGCAAUAUACAGUCGCUAUAAAAUAUUCAAACGAGUUGCCCACGGAACUUGGCACAUUUUUAUGAGCACGCUUUUCAAUUUAACUGACUGCUGCCAUCGUAAACGUCUCGUUACAAUGUAAAUAUUACGACUAGUUAUAAGAUGUUACUAGUUUAAGGCGCGUUCGGUAAAUAAAAUACAUGAAGGUGUAAGGUUUUGUUAUUC